UUCAAGGUUUAUCGAGAUGUCCGAUUUCAGAUUUGAUUUUUGUAAAAUAUUUUCUCUAUCAAUAUCAACACUUUUCCUAAGUUUGAAGCCCCUCAGCAAUCACAUACGAUCCCUCUCCAAUUGAUCUUCAUUCUGGGAGAUCAUUUGUUUGCGAGAGACAUUGGAGUUUGAAAUGUUUUUAGUGCUGCUGUGGAGUGUUUUACUGUUUCAAUCUUCUGUGAAUGCUAAAUACAAUGUGAUUUUAAUAAUUUUGGAUGACAUGCGACCGGCAAUUGGUUCGUAUGGAGAUCACAGAGCAAUUACCCCGAAUAUUGAUGGUCUCCUGAAGGAUGGUUUUUACUUCAACAGGGCUUAUGCUCAGCAAGCAGUUUGUGCACCAAGUCGCAAUUCCAUGUUGACCAGCCGCCGCCCAGAUACUCUGCACUUGUACGACUUCUACAGCUACUGGAGAUCAUUUGCCGGAAAUUACACAACACUUCCUCAAUACCUCAAGUCUCAGGGCUACUUCACAGCCUCGAUCGGGAAGGUCUUCCAUCCGGGAAUAACUUCAAAUUUCACUGACGAUUUUCCCUAUUCCUGGGCAACUGAAGCUUACCAUCCUCCUACAGAGGAAUUCAUGCACAAGGCUGUCUGUGAAGAUUCAGAGAGUGGAAAUCUUGUUCAGAACCUCCUUUGUCCUGUGGAUGUACUAUCACAGCCUGGACAUUCUCUCCCAGACAUUCAAUCCGUCGAGAAAGCCAAAGAGAUGCUAGGGAAUAUUUCACAGCCAUUCUUCCUGGCUGUUGGUCUCCACAAGCCUCACAUCCCAUUCAGAUUCCCCAAAGAAUUCCUAGACUUCCAUCCUAUGUGGAAAUUCAGCCGUCCGGAUACAAGCUACAAGCCUUAUGAUCUGCCUAAUGUAGCCUGGAAUCCUUUUGUGGACGUCCGUGGACGACAUGAUGUUAAAAAGUUGAAUGUAAGCUUUCCUUUUGGACCCCUUCCUAAGGACUUCCGUGCCCAAAUCCGACGUCAUUAUUACGCUUCUGUGACCUACAUUGACUACCUAAUUGGUCAGUUGAUCUCCAGCAUUGACAGGAACAAUACAAUCAUCAUCCUUACGGGAGAUCAUGGCUGGUCUCUUGGAGAACACGCAGAAUGGGCCAAAUACAGCAACUUCGAAGUUGCCCUUCGAGUUCCUCUUAUUAUUACGACUCCUGACUUUAGACCCAAAUCCAAAAACCGAAUCGAUCAACCAGCAGAGCUUCUGGACCUCUUCCCUACAAUUGUGGAUCUCCUGGAUCUCCCCCAGGUUCCACAGUGUACAGCAACAAAUCCAAUCAGGCAAGAUCUUUGUACAGAAGGGGAAUCCCUAGUCCCUUAUCUAAAAAACCGAAACAAGAGGAAUCUCAGGAAGAUGGCAUUCAGCCAGUAUCCUCGUCCUGGAGAUUAUCCAACUGAGAAGCCAAAUAGCGAUAAGCCAAGAUUGGAGGAGAUCAGGAUCAUGGGAUAUUCUCUGAGAACACAUAGAUUCCGCUACACAUUGUGGAUUGAUUUUAAUCCAGGGAAUUUUACAAGGAAUUGGGAUAAAAUAUUCGGAGAGGAACUCUACGAUCACAGCCUGGAUCCAGAAGAGAACAUCAAUCUUGCCUCUAGGACUCAACUUAAUGAUAUUAAAAUGUAUUUGAGGAGCAUUUUGAAAGAAAAAUUCAACUGAAUAUU